GCCGCCGAUAAUGCAUUUGGUACGUGAACAAGAUCCAACGAUGAAAUUGGAAGUGACAUAGAUGUUUUACGGACACAGAUGUAUUGUUUCACGUUGUAUGCCUCAGUGAAUCGCCAUGGAUGAAGAGGAGAAGCGGAUAAAAUUGGAAGCGGGAAAGAAAAUCUUCGAAAAGAAGCGCAACAAAAUGAAGAGGCUUCAAAUAGACGGAAGCCCCGAAAGCGGUGGCAACGGCCGUGUCAUGAAGGACAGCUUUUCUGAGAAUGUGCCACCUGAUUCUCUGGAGUCGAUCUCCAGAAGGGUAGAAGGAUCAAAUCUCAGUGACACUAGUCAGUCGAGCACAGCAUCUGAAAAACUUGGAAUGGAUCAGCCACUAUUACCGAAACAAACUGAGACAUCCAUUCGAGAGAGCAUGCACCAGUACCAAAAGAUGCUUCAGAGUUACAAGGAGGCUCUGGACCAGCGAGACAGGUUGAUAGAACAGAUGAAGCAUAGUCUGGAAGAAGCCGUGCACUCGCGCAACGAGGUCCAGAAACAUGCCGAACGCCUCACGAAACAAGUUGCGGACCUGCGGCAGCCGAUGCAGCAGGCUCUGCUGGAACAGAAACAGCACGUUGAAUCUCUACGACAGACAGUGGAAGCGCAGGAACGGGAGAUAGGAAUGCUGCAGCAGAUCCGCGAUGACCUCCUUGGCCGCAUCUCUGCAAAACCUACGCAUGAGUACAGAGACAUUGCUGUCGGCACCAGCCCUGAUGACAAGUUUCAGGCCCCGGAAGAGCAGCAGCCCACAUGUCACAAUUAUCAGUCACCUGUGCCUUACAUUGAACAGUAUUCAUCUACGGAUGUGCCAAAUUUGAAAGAUAACGGGACUGUUGAUGCAGACAAGUUAGCUUUCUGCAAGCAGACGGUCUGUUCAGAACUUGCGGACUGGAUAUCUACCCGUGCCUUGCGUGUGGAAGACUACAGAGACGUUGUUCCCAUCCUGUGUGAGCUGAAGUCGUUUGCAUUUCAGGGUUUGCAGUACCCAGUUGUGUGCGAGCGUCUCAACCAAACGAAACAGCAGCUGGACAUCCUGCGCCGUGACGCCGAGGACCUCCGCGAGAACGUCUCGAGGUUGCAGGCUGAACUGGACGCGUCUCAGGAAGAGCUGAGGAGGCUGAGGUACGCCAACAAGUCCCUCAGGAGAGGAAGCGAGAAACUCGACGAGGAAAUGAAGACCCUCAAGCGUGAAAACAGUAUCAUGAAGAACCUCAACGACAGUUUAACAUCUAUCAAGGAAAAGGCGAAACAGGAAGCGGAAGAGGAGACCACGCUCGAGGUAUACAGCCUCCAGACCGAGUGCAUCCGCCUGGAGCUCGAAAAGAAAGAACUGGAGCAGAAGACGAGACUUUUGUCAACCGGAGAGCAUUCGCCGUGUGUGUCCCCCGUUCCGCGACCCCUGUCACCCGACCGCACUUACGGUCACUCGUUCACACAAACCGAACUGUCCAACGGGAUCAGACAAACCAGUCAUGGCACUGAACUCCACUCUCAGCUUGCUCGGCUGGAAUCUGAGAAGUCCUCCCUGCAGCUAAUAGUUCAACAGCUUCAGGCCGAGCUUAAGCAGGCAAACAUAUGUGCCGAUGAGUUAAGGAGAGAGAAGGGAGCUAUGGACAGCGUGGUGGCGGAGAAGAACAAGGUCGUUCUCGAAAAAGAGGAACUGGUGCUCGAAUUGCAAGCCUUGCGCGAAAGGUUGGAGGACUCGGAGGCAAAAGUGAAGAACCUGCAAGAAGGGCUGCAGGAAGAGCAUCUCAGUCUACAAAAGUUUGUGUCCGAAAUAGAGCAGACGACGAAAGAUGUCUUGUGUGGUGGCAGCAAGGACGCAGACUCGGUUAAUAUUUUUCUGGAGAAGCAACGCUUAACGUGCGAGGUUAAACUUUUGAACGAAAAACUCCGAGCCGAGUGCGAUUUGAGUGCCCACCUCCGUUGUCAAGUGUCGCACAUGAGCAAGAGAGAAGAUUUCCAUAAAAAGUGUAUUAAGGACCUGUUCAACCGUCUCCUGUGCACGGGUAAUGAGGCCCGUGGAUUGCUCAAGAGGUGCAGCAGGGCAGAGCAGAAACUCGAGGGGACCCUAGUCAAAGUGAAACACCUUUCAUCUGAAGUGCGCAGGUUGAGGCAGAGGUUGAGUGAUGUGGAAGGGGGUUUGCAAGAGGAUGAAGCGUCACACUUUCACGAAGACCCCAUUGCACACUCAACUGACAUUCAUGAAGAUGAUGACAGCAGUGUGUUUUGUGGUGUGGAUGAUGAGAAGGCAGGCCUGGAUGUUACUAGUGACAUUAAUGGUAGGCAAGCAAUGCUUAGGACAGAAGAACAAGAGGUGUUGCUCAAGAACCAGGAACUCGGAAUGCAAGUAUCACAGGAACUCCAUCUGUGCCAGCUCAGAGAUGAAAUGCACAAAAACUAUUGCAACAAACUGUCUGAUGCAAUGGAAUCUGUGGCUGCUUGCUGCCAGCAGGAGCUCCUUGCCUUUGAGCAACGACUAACGUCCGAGACGUCGCUGCAGAUCCUUGCUCUGGAAGAGAAACACGAGACUGAUAUCAUCAACCUGAAAUCUUACCACAGGGACCAGAUUGACAAGUUCCUCAGCAAGUUGCAGUCACAGCCAGAGUUUCCAGUUGGAAGGCCAGAAAAAGAAAGUGUGCUGGCGGAACUGAGAGCGAAACAGCAACUGGAGUACGAACAGCUGCUUUCCUGUCUGGACUCCGAACAGAAGCUGAGGCUGCAAGCCUUGGUAGCCCUCACUCUGAAGGUUCACCAUGUGGAAAAUGAGGUAUCCCUGUUGCACACCCAGGCAAGAAUGAACAGCGAAAAGGAGAGAAUUCUAGAGCUGUUUGCCACAGCAAACCAGGCCGAUAAAGAUGCGCUUGUGGCACAGUUGGAGUACGAAAAGACGUCCGCACUGAAAAGGCUACACGAGGCAUUUCUGGAGCGUGAGAGAGAGUUGAAAAACACGAGUGCCCCCCACACGCCACAUUCUGUGUUGUCGGACAGCGGAAGCAUGUCCUGGAGCACCGGCAGCACCAACGUCGAGAGCCUUGUGCAGCUGCUGAAGGACCAGCUUGACAAAGAGUUCUAUGCCUGUAUUGAUAAACUGUCAGGCAAGUGGAAAGAGAAGUACAGCUGCAUCAUUAACCAGUCUGGUCAAGGGGGAAGCCUCGUACCAGAGGACACCGGAGGGGAGGCUAGAGAUAUUGCGGCGAAUCUGAAAAAAUGCCUCUCCGAAGCAGAUGAAGCAGAGCAGUUAAUAAACGCCUUCUUCCACUUGAGUCGCAGUCUGAAGGAUGACUUCAAUUCUAAACUGGAGCAGCUGCUACAUCUCUAUCAGGAGUGGUCUGCAGAGUCGAAGCGAGCUGCGGGGACCGAAACUUCCGCCGUGGAACAAAGUCUCGAGCUCGAAGCCUUACGAACCAGGCUUGAGGAAGAAUAUUCAAGGCAGAAGACUCACCUGUGUGCCGAGCAAGUUUCAAAGACUAAAGAACUGCUGAGCAAACACAAGACUGAACUGGAAGACGUACAGAAGUUUGCGGAAGAAGCCGUCGCGGAAGAGCGUCGCAGGUGGCUGGAAGAGUUGGACGUCCUGCGCAAUAGCUUCCAGCAGAAGGAGCAGGAAAACUUGAGACAAAGUCAGGAAAGAGAGGCAAAGAUCUCGGAAGAGAUGACAGAGUUGAUCGCUAACUACGGCAAGAUUUUGGAGGAACUUGGAAGUGAGAAAGACAAGGUGGAAGCGUUGCAGACGACACUGGGAGACAUCACUUCCGAGUACAACAUCAUUCUGGACAAAAUCAGAGAGCUCAUCAGAGACCCUCAACAUCCCGAAGAAGCGGAAGAAACCAUGACAGGAGCUGUAGACAGGUUGUUAGGAAUACACUCUCGAUUGCUUGAACAGAGCAAGGCACAAAAUGCGUUGUUCGAAAACAUUAAAAUGAAAUUGUCGGGCCACACAAACGUUACGGAGACUAGUCAUUGCGACGUCGUUACUCUAUUGGAAAGUAUUUUGAGCGAGAAUGCGAGGCUCAAGGAGGAUCUAGACCUCAUGGAUGCUGAAUAUCAAACACGGGCUAAAGCGAUCGAAGAAAAGUUUGAACAAGUCGAAACAUUGCGAAAGCAGAAGACACAAGAGCUGCUCGAAGCCCAGGAAGCUCUCGUGGCAUCCCUCACUGAGAAGGAAGAACAGAUGCAGCUGCUGAAGAAUGAACUCAACGUGUACGUAGGGUCGGAAGGCUCUCUCAGGGCAGAACACGCGGCUGAAAUUGAGAGUCUGAAAGCAGAACUGGUUUCCCACCAUGAAAAGCAGAUAGACCACCUAAAGAGGGAGCACACCUUACUUAUGAAAUCUGCAAAGGAAGAAUAUGCUGCAAGCAUGGAAAAACUUGAGUCCAGUCACAAAGAGAAGUUAGAGAAGUUGAUUGCGGAGCAUGCAGCGGAGAAAGAGAGGUUGAACGUAAACUUGGCGGCUUCGAAUGGUGACGUUGGGAGAAAGGAUGAGGAGUUAAAGGGACUGCAGUCACGCUGUGCUGCCUUACAGUGUGCGGUUGAAGAGCUUAGAGCGGAGAAACAGAUGUCAAAAGCCAGGGAGGGCGGAGAGGUACUAGGUUCGAUUCUGCAGGGAGAAAGAAGAGGUGGAGGUGAAGGUGAAACGUCUGCUUCUGUCCCAGCCGAGAUUGAAGAGAAGGAUGAAGACGGGAGGGUGCCGAGCCUUAGAAUCCAAGAGCCAUCCCCAGAGUGGUCUGAUGUGUCAGUAGAAGACGUCCUAUGCGAGAGGACGGAGCUGCAAAGACAAGUGAAGCGUCUUGGAGAAACAGUCCGCCGUCUCGAGACAGAAAAGGAAGAAUUGCGAGAGCAGCUGCAAAAGACGGACGAACAGCAAACAAAAGAGACAAGGCUACGAGCCCGCUCGCCCAGGGAGUGGCUCGCAGGCUCAGGGCUGACAGCCAAUGAAAUUCAGUCUUGGCAGCUGCACACAGCACAGACAAACACACGGUUGCUCAAUGUCCUGUCUGACUUGGUAAAGACCUACGUGGACACGGAACAAGACAUCCAGGACACUCUUGCCAACCUUGGGUUAUCGCAGCAUCCCACUCUGGACUCUACGGCAGCUCACGAGGAUGACUACCCAAGCCUCGGAGCGAUAAGUCAGACGCACGGCUCGAAGGAAGAUUUCGCGUCGGGCAUCGCGGACGGAUUUCUGUCCGAAUUAUGCGAAGACGGCCCCGAUUUGACGCCUCGCACGUGGGACAUGUUCGCAUCAGCCAUCGGCGUGCAAGAGAUGGAAAGCGAAGGGGAGGACGUAGUCCUUGGUGCAAGCCGCAGGCUUCGUGCUGCUGUAGACCGAGUGUUGAGACUCCUGACGGACGUCGCCGAGCACCGCGGAGAAGACUUCAAGGGUCUCGUGCAACGCAACCAAGACUUGUGCCAAGAACUGCAAGAAGAGAGCAAUGUACACAACCAGCUCUGCUUAGAACUACUCAACACCCAAGCUUCCCUGCGUGCGCUGGAACAAGAAAAACAGAAAUUGGAGGACAAACUCGGAGUCAUGGAGAACGACUACACAAAACUCAACAGAGAAUUGCGAUUAGCAAAGGCCAAGGCACAGCGUCUCGAGGACGCCCAGGAGUCCUUGACUGAAGAGCGCCGCCUCAUCGAAGAACAGCGCCAUCUUCUGACGAACAGCCUCCAAGAACCACAGCUCACACCGUGCACUCCCACCGACGAGGCAACAUCCGAUAAUAAGCCAGAUAACCCGCCAGAAGAGCUUCUGGAAGAAAAUACCAAACUGAAUGAAGAAAGGAAGAGGUUGCGAAAAUCGCAAGACGAAGAAAAGCAGGCGUUACAGCAGCGUAUUGUGGAACUGGAAGGAGUCCUGGAAGAAGCUUCUGCCCAGAGGGAACUACUCUUCGAAGAACGACAGCGUGAAAUUGCUGAUCUGCUUGCCCAGAUCGAGGGCAUGGACAAGCAGCUACAGUCAAACAAGAAGUUCAUCGAGGAGCAGACACAUGAGAGAGAACAAGAACGGGAAGAUUUUGCGCAGGAAAUAUCUCGCCUGCAGGAGACAGUGAGAGAGAAAGAGAAGAUUCAGAAUUGUGAGGCCAGGCUUACCAAAGAGAUCGAAACCUUGGAUCAGCAGUUGAGGUUUAAAGUCGAAGAACACGCACUGGCUUGCAAGAAGAGAGAUCAACUUGAGGCGGAGGUUCGCAGCAGGGACGACAAGAUCCACGACCUUCGGGAAAUAAUCAGGCAGUUAGAGGCCGACCUGGUUCAGAAGUCCCGUAGUGAAUACGAGCUGUUGCAGAAAUUGGCCAACAUGGAGGAUGCCCUGAAUGUUGAGGAGAGCGCCCACACCGAAGCCGCGUGCGAGCUGGAGAGGAUGCGCAGGUCGUCGGUCCAGUCGGAUACCUCCGACCGCAUAAAACAGCUGGAGGAGCAGCUGGAGUCCAGAAACCAGGAACUGGACAAGAUGACACAGUUCCAGUCUCUGCUGCAGGAAUUCCUUGCGCAGGUCCGUGCGCUAGAAGAGAAAGUGGAGAGCCGCAUUCAGCAGCAGCGGAGCAAGUCGUGUUCAUUCCGCAAGUUCUUGGAAGUGCUAAGCCCUGAAGGAUCGAGAGACGGAGCCGCAUCCGGCCAGUCUGGCACCAGCGAAGAAACGGAAAACCGGCGCGUGCUGUCGCUCGACGACAUCAGAGACCUGUCGCCUAGCGCUCUGCAAUGGGAUGAGCUCCGCAGACUUGAGGAGAAAGUGGACACAUUGCUUACCGCAAGCACGGAAGCUUUUAAAGCAAACACUCAUCUGCAAAAACAGGUCAAACAACUUGAGCGUGCAAAAGGGGAGUUGGAGCAGGAAAAGUUUGCUCUACAGGAGGAGAGCCAACGACAGCUUCUGCAGAUAUCAGCCAUGAAGGCGCGCAUGGAAGACUGCAGGGCUGGACUUGGUGCAGCUGGGGGAAGCCCAGUUUCUCAACAGUUGUAUCGCCUCAAAGAAGAGCUCCUGAGGCAGAAGGAAGCGAGAGAGGAUGCGGAACACAAGCUUCAACUAAGCCGUGAACAGUUUUCAAGCCUGCAGGCGAAAGUUAACAUGCAACCACAUACUGUGGCUGCGGGUGGCACAAGGGGCAAACGAAGCAGUCCUGCGACUUGUCUUUUUGGAGCGACGGUUGUCCCGUUGAAGGAUCCUGUGGUUAAAGUUUCCACUGAGACUGAGCUCAGCAUGGCGAAUCUGGAGGAGCUUGAGAAGAAAGUAGAAGAGCUUAGGAAAGAACUGGAGGAGUACAGGAUUAAGUGCACCAUUCAGGAAAAUGAGAUCAAGAGCUUGAACACAUAUCAAGGCAAGACUCCUCCCGUGGCCAGAGCAAAAGAUGCUGUGGCUGGAAGGAAGAAGCUUGAAAAAGACUUCGAAGAAGUGCAGGAGAUACUAGAAGAAAGAGAGGAUGAACUCAGUGCCUUCCAGAAUCAAGGAGAUAGCCGGGCUGUCCUUGAAGCCACCGUUGGAAGACUCCAGGCGGAACUCACCGAUCUACACAGGGAGCAUGCCAGAAUGAUGGAAGAGAAAGCUCAUGACAGCAAGGAACAGCGGGAGACCCUGGAAGGUCAAGUGAAGAUGCUGCGCGACAUAGUGGAGCAGCAAGCCGCUAAGCACGUUCAAGCACAGGAGGCGCUACGUGCAAGGAUAGCCACAUUGGAACAACAUCUGAACGACUGCGUGCCGAGGGAACAAGCCGAGUCUGCCAUCAACAGGGCUGUCUCCAGGGAGAGGGACGUCCUGAAGUUGAAGCACGAAGAAGAGCUGAAGCAGCAGGAAGAAACGUGGAAGUGCCUGCUGGAGUCUGACAGGCAGAAACUGGAAGAGAUGUGCUUCCGUGCUCAGGAAGACAUGCAGCAAAAGUGCUUGAGCAGGGACAGGACAAGGUGUGAACUGGAAGCAGAGGUGCAGGCGCUCUUCGAGCAGGAAAGAGCCGCCCUCAACGCGCAGCACAGUAACGAGCUAGACACUGCACAGAGGGCACAUGAAGAAGAGAUUAAUGCUUUGAGAUCAACGCAUGCAGAAGAGAUCCACUGUGCCUUAGAGGAACUGAGAGCAUCCCUACAGCAGAUACACACAGAAGAGAUGGAAGAGCAAAAGCGGCAACUGCUAGCCGCCGCGGAACAUGAGAAGCAAACUCUGCUGAUCCGGCAUGUUGAAGAUGUGAAAUGCCGACAGCAAACCUGGGAACAACACGCGCAGCAGCAGAUUCAGAGUACCCAGCCCAAAGGUUGGGCUCACGGGAGCCCCAAGCAAUUGCAGACUUUUGUUAGGCAGCACGUUGAGCAAGAGGUCAAACGACUACAGGGAGUGCACGAACACGAAGUGAACAGUCUGAAGGCCAAACUGAAAGAAAUCGAAGACGUCCACCAGGACGACUUACUGAAGCUCAAACAACACCACUCCGCCGAGGUGGCCAAGGCGCGCCAUGAUGCUGCCCUGGCGCUCAAAGAAGAGAGGCAGUGGAUGAACGUGCAUGCAGCGGAGGUCGCGGCAGCCGCGGACGAGAGGCUGGGCAGGGAAAAGACUGCACUCCUGGAGAAGAUGAACUUGGAGAGGCAGAGGUUACAGCUGGAUUAUGAGCAGGAAAAAACGAAACUGAUCGACAGCCAUACGGAACAGGUUGCCGCAAUGAGGGCGGCGCAUAAGAGGGAGAUGGAUGUCCUCAGGACGCAGUUGCAAAAACUGCAAAUAAAGGCCUUCACUAGAAACGCCCUGUUCCCAGACCGAUCACAUGAAAGCACCCCAGUGUCUGACGACACGAGCAGUUCUGAACUGACAUCCAGCUUCGAUGAUUGCUCUCAAGACUCAGGUCUCUCCCCUUCGUUGAGGCGCCUUUUGGGCAAGAUCUAUAAAGACGGAUUACAGGUGCUGUCCUACACUGAACGACAGCUUCUUCAGCAUCACCUGACUCCAGUGCCUGGAAGGUUUGAUCCUGAAGGUAGCAACGAAAAGGAUUUCCAGCCAGACGGCAGCUCCUUGCAGAGAGGACAAUCAUUACAAGAACCCGGAGAGCUGAACGUGUCGCUGAGAAAAAGGGCGUCCGAAGGUGCACUCGUGGAGGAGGUGCUUUCUCUGAAAGAACAGCUCUCAAGAUCUGAGUGGCAGUCAAAGUCAAAAUUCAACAGGCUGGAGUUUCAGCUAAAGCAAGAAAGAAUGAAGGCAGACGAGCUUAAGAAAGCCAUGGAAGAAGAGGUGGCCAAGAACAUUGAGCUUCUGUCUCAGCUGAACGGACAGCGCUCGAACUGUCUGGAGCUGGAAAUGACGCUGGCCAGCUGUAAGGCUGACCUCGAAGAGGCCAAGAGCAAGGCAGAUUGUGCGAAAAAAGAAGCGCUGUAUUUCAGGAACCUGUACGAAACGGAAAGGACACGGGCACGCAACAUGCUGAAUGCCUACGAGGCCGAGAGGACCCAUUUCAACCAGUUGAGGGCGAGCCUGCAGACAGAAAGAAAGAGAGGGGCCAGCACCCACGAACGAGACCAACAGACAAUCAGGGAACUGAAAGACAUGACGCAGAAGCAGUGCCUUACGUCCCAACACACGUCACCGAGCAUGGCAUCGAGGGAUGUAGAAAGGAUGCGAGACGCUGAUCUUGCCAGCCUAUUGGUUGGCCUCGAAGGUUCUCUCCCGACCGUUACCGCAGAGAAUGAAGAGUCAUACAAGUUACUCCACAAGUGGCACCAGGAAAAGGUUGGACUUAACCACUCCAUUCGUAAGCUGGAAGACGAAAAUGCCAGGUUACAGACCCUGCUGUCAAAUGUGGAGCAUGACAAGAACAACUUCAUCCCUCCAGCCACGAUUAACUUGCUAUACAAGGUGUACUGGAAGUAUCGCCGCACGGAGAGUUGGCGCAAGGCCCUGGCCUACCAGAAGGAGUACUUGCUGUCUCUGUUGCGGGGCUACCAAGCCACCGAGGAGACAACCCUCAAGAUGCUGGGGUACAGCAGCCCCAAUCCCGCAACCUCGUUGGGGAGGAGGAGGAGAAGUUCUCCGCUGUUUCGCUUCCGCUCGGCGGUGCGUGUGGUGCUGGCUGUUCAGCGCAUGCACCACCUGGUGGGCAAGUGGAAGACGGCAGCAAUCAUUCCAUCCCUGCCCCAGGUCUUGCACAAGGCAGAACAAGUCGUGAUUGGGGUGCCAGUCGUUACGGCGUCUGCGAUGGGUUCGCCAGGAGCAGAAGCACAGCUGUACACGCUAGCUGGGUCGACCGCCAGUACCAACGGAUCGUCUGGGCCGCUCCGUAAACAAACGGCAUCUUCUAGGGGCAGCGGAAGCCAGACAACAGAGAACGAGUACGUCAGGAGACUGGAAGCCCUGCACAAAAUGUUUGGCAUAGAUGUUCCCUAACUUAACGGAAUUGGGAAGUAGUAUUUUAGACUUUUGCAUGUGCGCAGUGUUUCGGAACAACGGGUGUCUCUGGGAGACACUGUGUUCUAUUAUUUAUAUUUUAUUAUGGCUUACUUUCAACAGUAAGACAGACAUGUAAGGUGCUUGUAUAGAACCCGUAUCAGAUGGUGUGUAAAGUAUUAUAUGUACAUUGCCGGAGACUUUCAUUUUAUGAUGGUUCAGGUGGAUUGCAUUCACUGGUAUAGUCGUACAUACUUAUCACGAAGAAUGUAAGUAUCAUUGUAAAUAUUCAUACCAUAUGCCAUCGUUUAUUAUGAUUUGGUAGUUUUUUAUACGACAUUGUAAUUUUUAGUAGUUUUAUUAGUGCUUUCUUUACUAUACACGGUGCCUACUACAGGAGUGCCACUUAAAAAAAAGUUCGCACAAUAAAUCUGGGCAGUGCCUUAUAGCACAGUUUCCAUCA